AGAAUAUGCAAAGAGUAGUUUGUAUAGAAUUUUAAGGUUUAACUACAAGUUUUUGGGUUAUAGUAACAGUAUGAGAUGCUAAAAACACCUCCAGGCAUCACACACCGUAAGAAUGUUUCCAAGGCUCUGAACGAGGCGAGUGCUGUUUUUGAGGCGUUGUACAAGAAACACUUUUCUUCUGACAUUGACAGUUUGCAGAGAGAGGCGGAAGACUACCUCAUCAAGUCCCUCUACAAGUCUGCAGCGGCGAGGAGCAAGGAGACGAGCCUUGAUGUGAAGCCAGAGGAGCCAAAACCGCUGGAAAAGGGCGCAUCAAAGGUCCACAUUGACUACGGCAACGAUAGGACACUCUUAGACCAUAAACCAGCGAAAAGUUCGUCCUCAGACAAACGCGUAUCCAUAGAUACCAGAGUAUUGGUUGAAGAGACAGUUGUAGACAAGGAAGAAUCGGAUGCUACAGAAAACGAAGAGGACCAACCAGUGUGUCUGAAGAUUGAGGCCAUACCAUUUGCUGAAGGACACCUUGAAGGAGCUGAUAUCUCACCUACCCACUACGCAAGUAAAAAUACAUCCUCCUUCCCUCGCUUGUCACGCAGAUCUACUCUGAGAAUACCCUCUGCCUUGAAAACGAUUUCAUUCUACUGCUUGGCUAUUCAAUUCCUAUCAUCCCUGUUGUUAGGAGGACUCUUUUAUCUCUUGGUACACUACAAAUUUAAAAGAUACACCAAGGUUAUCACAAUUGCUUACCCAUUUGUCAUCCACCUUGUACUAUACAUCAUCAUAUUUUCUCUAUCGGACAAAAAACUCAAGGGGACAUUUUUACUGUACAGCAACGAUAUCAGUAUCGCUGUUUUAAGAAGGAAACUUGUGAAAGAAGAAACGUACAACCACCUUAACAAGGUACACGUCAUUAUAGAGCGCUGUUUUGUCUUUUUGUGUCUUGUCAUCUCCUGUCUGCCAUGCGAUUUUGCAACUGAGGACAAAAGCUACUCCUUCUUUGAGUAUUCUUAUCUUAUUGCAAUCGGCAACUUGUUUGGUCUUUAUUUGAUGGUCACAUAUUUUUACUUUUAUAUUAUUUUCAACAAGACUAUAAAAAAGUCAAUGCUCUCGGUAUAACAUGAGCAUUUGUAGAAUAUUUAAGCAGGCGUUUUCGUUACCGCCGGCGCUACU